AGAGACCCGUCCGGCGCCCCGUCGGUGUGCUCCCUUGGUGACGCGAUGAUGUUCCAGUUCGAUCGUUAAGCCACACUGGAUGAUCCGAUCGACUGCAGUGCAAGGGUAAAACAGAGUGACAGACAGGCAGACAGAUAACGAGAGAGAGAGAGAGGCUCCGAUCUUCCGAUUGCUGGAGGCCCGGAGGCAUAACGAUGACACAUCAACAACGGCGUGGGGCACCGGUCGAGUGUCCACUGGCAUCGUUGGGCCGUAAUACGCCCUCGAUGGACACCCGGCAGUACCACCAUCCGCUCAGCUCGAGUCCACUCGAUCCGCAGGCCUACCAGAUGUCACGCAGCUCGCCCAUACUCGCCCUCGACUCAUCCGACCUUGAUUACGUCCCAAAUGGCACUGGUGGCAAGGUGGACCAAGGUGGAUCCCUCACCGAUGGUCCCGUGCCGGAUAGUGGUCGGAAUGGUGCGGGUCCCGGUGGUGGAGUAGGACCUAGUAAUGGAGGCGGCGGUGGGGGAUCUUUACUCUCACGCAGUUCCUCCUCUUCGCUGGAUCAAAGUGGCCCCUACAUGCAUCCUCCACCACCACCCAAUGGUCAUCACGUGGCCCAUCGGAGAGACUAUCGGCAUAUUCGGCCACGGACGUACACACCGAUCGAUGCCCUACUGACCAGCACCUACCAUCAUCAGCAACAGCAGCAGCAGCAGCAGCAACAAAAUGGUCGUCUUUCGCCGGUGUUGCGUGUACCGCAGGGUGGCUACCAUCAUCCUGACGAACCACCAUCGCACGGACUCGGUGGUCUCUCCGAAGCCGAUCGGUACUUUCUGGAGGAAAAGAUGGACGCGCUCUACAUUCAAGGUGCCAUCCGGCGCAACGCCAACGCUACCCCGUCCAGCUUAACGCGCAACCAAUCCAGUAGCAGCAACAACACCGAGCGGUACUACCUCGAGAACGAAAACAUUGACGCCAUUUACAACUUUUGUCGACGCAACGUGAACGGUGGCAGUGGCCACAGUGUCCACAAUGUGUCCUCGAAAGCCUCGUCGGCGGCUCAAUCCCAGGUGGAUUGUCUCGACUCCAGCUCACCGCAUCUGCUCCGGCGUGCCUCGAGCCCGGAAACGAGUGGUUCUGAUCGGUACCUGCUCGAUCGGAUACGUGGUUCACCGGCAUUCCACAGUCCCCGGGGGACGCACCUGAAGGUGGUCGGGUCCACAGAUUUCGUUGAUGGCAGGAUUCCUCUCACCAAAUCGCAACACUUUACCGAUGGACUGUCGAGGUACGGGCGGUUCUCACCGAAUCUGGACCAAGGCUAUCACACGCUGGUAUCACCUUCACCCUCGGGUCAGCAACAAUCGACGAUACCGAGCUCGUGGAGCAAUCACCGGGCCGGUGAUGGAGCUACGUCGACCUCCUCGAGCCACGGUAGUCCCGGUUGUCAAACGGGGCCUCCAACAUCGGGCAACGGCAGCAGUUCCAGCGGUUCCGGAGGCGUAUCGAACGGAGCAAUCGGAACGACCACCAUACUAACCAGUCUGAGCAAAGCGCAUGGAGGUGGUGGCGGUGGUGGUGCCAGUGGUACGGGAUCGUAUCGAGCGGGGCCCCUCUUUGAUCGGAUCACCGACGAGCUGAUGGUGCGCAUCUUCGAGUGGCUGGACAGUAGCGAAUUGUGCAACAUAGCGCGCGUCUGUCGCCGCUUCGAAUCGGUCAUCUGGAAUCCGACGCUCUGGAAGGUCAUCAAGAUCAAAGGUGAAGACAACAGUGGCGAUCGUGCGAUCAAAACCAUCCUCAGGCGACUGUGUGGCCAAACGCGGAACGGAGCGUGUCCGGGGGUUGAGCGUGUCCUGCUUGCUGAUGGGUGCCGGUUGACGGAUAAGGGACUACAGCUUCUAUCACGCCGAUGCCCGGAGAUAACGCACCUGCAGAUACAGAACAGCGUUACCAUCACGAACCAGGCACUGUCCGAUCUGGUCACCAAGUGUACAAACUUACAGCAUCUAGAUAUAACUGGCUGUGCGCAGAUCACGUGCAUCAACAUUAACCCAGGGCUGGAACCACCGCGACGAUUACUGCUGCAAUACCUAGACCUAACGGACUGUGCGUCGAUCAGUGACGCCGGAAUCAAAGUGAUCGCACGCAACUGUCCACUGCUGGUGUAUCUUUAUCUCCGACGGUGCAUCCAGGUGACCGAUGCUGGCCUGAAGUUCAUCCCCAAUUUCUGUAUCGCUCUACGGGAACUGAGCGUUUCGGAUUGUACCAGUGUGACGGAUUUUGGGUUGUACGAGCUGGCGAAGCUGGGUGCGACAUUGCGGUACCUCUCGGUGGCCAAGUGUGACCAAGUUUCGGAUGCGGGCCUCAAGGUGAUCGCUCGAAGGUGCUACAAGCUGCGGUAUUUGAAUGCACGCGGCUGUGAGGCGGUUAGUGAUGAUUCGAUCAACGUGCUCGCUCGGUCCUGUCCACGGUUGCGGGCCCUCGAUAUUGGCAAGUGUGACGUGAGUGAUGCGGGGCUGCGUGCCCUAGCCGAGAGCUGCCCCAAUCUGAAGAAGCUCAGCCUCCGGAACUGUGAUAUGAUCACCGAUCGAGGGAUACAGUGCAUCGCGUACUACUGCCGAGGGUUGCAGCAGCUCAACAUCCAGGACUGCCAGAUAUCGAUCGAGGGCUACCGGGCGGUCAAGAAGUACUGCAAACGGUGCAUUAUCGAGCACACGAAUCCCGGCUUCUGCUAGCCGGGGUGCAUUUUAUAGCAUUUAAUGAAAACGAAAUAUUAGCCAAUUUUUUGUUCGUCCUCGUCUGGCACGGUUGUACACUAGAUAGAAUAGGUAGUGCUAGCGCGCCCGUGCAGCCAAAAAGUGAUCCAUUUUGCCCCGCCUCGAAAGGAGCGCCGGCUCAAGUUUUAACUAGACAAAUGCAACCGAUGGAACCGACCUCCGGGUUGGCGGCUGCAGCGCAUUUUACAAAAUUUCGGUUUUUUUUG